UGCCUCUCUUGGAAGAUGCUGAGCGAUGGCGGGAUGCCGAUGUGUGUUUCAUAUCACACAAUGUUUGCAAAGAAGAAAAAGAAGCCAAUCAUAUCUUUGCCAACGAACUUUGAACAUCGUGUCCACACUGGUUAUGACAGAAAAGAGGGUAAAUUUGUGGGUCUUCCUCCUCAGUGGGCCAGCCUUAUCCAGCCCAUCUCAAACCGGCCAAAGCCAAUCAUCGAUCCGUCUCAGAUCACACCAAUCGAAAUGAUGGACAUAAAAUCUCAUACGAUAGUAAGAGGGAGUUAUGGUACCAGCACUAUGCAUCGCAACGGUCCAGUUUCGGUCACACGAUCGAAUUCUCUGAGGAAAGAGAGCCCUCCUCAAAUCCGCAGAGACUACUUAAGCAGGCUACCCCCUCCUGUUCCAGAAGAUGAAAUCCAGCACAGCGGACCUCACCCACCCCCCGGUGGACCUCCCGUUUACCAAGGACAUUAUCCUCAUCACCAUACGCAUCAGCACAACAUGCACCAUCAACAACAAAUUCCAAACCGCAGACACGUUCAUCACAAUACAUACAGAAAUGAGGGAAGAAGAGAUGCAUCUCCUUACGGUCAGGAACCCAAAGGCGUCGGCCCUCCUCCUUUCGAUGCCGUCGAAGAUCAUUCCCGACCUCCCGACAGAGAUGGUGAUUGGAAUCACGAGGAACAAUAUCAUAAUCUAGUUCCAUCAAAAAUGCCCCCUGUGCCUCCGAUGCAAAAUCAAUAUUCACCUCAUCCUGGGCAUCCACCGCCUGGCAAUCCACCUUCGCACCGCCCCCCAGUUCCAAAUGGCAAUUCUCAUCCAAAUUCAAAGAAUUUACCUGAUAUGAAUAUCAACAACCAGCAAAACAUCUCCCAAAACAAUAAUCAGAUGGAUCGAAGUAGUAAACCUUCCAGGCCACCUUUUACUCAACCUCAUCAGCCAAAAGAGCAACCUCCUCUGCCUGUUGAGCAUAAAGAAAACAAUAAGACUCCUCAAGAGCCGGUUAAAUCUGAAACACGUCCUCCAGCUAAGUCAAACCAAAAUCAAAAUCAUCUAGAACAGCAGAGACUCUCACAUGAGCAGGUAACUUUACCGCAUGUGUCUCUUAUACCAUUGCACAGUGCUUUUAGUUCAAAGUUAGAAGAUAAUUCUAGAGUCAAAUGUGGGCUUAUUAGAACUUCAUUUUUGCAGGUUGUCAUCAUGCGUGAUUAUCACCAUCCAAAUAUUGUUGAAAUGUUUGACAGCUUCUUAGUGGGAGAUGAAUUAUGGGUAGUCAUGGAAUUUCUGGAGGGUGGAGCUCUGACCGACAUAGUGACCCACUCCAGAAUGGACGAGGAGCAGAUUGCAACUGUUUGCAAGCAGUGUCUCAAGGCUCUUGCUUUUCUUCAUUCUCAAGGUGUUAUUCACAGGGAUAUUAAGAGUGACUCCAUUUUACUGGCUAGUGAUGGACGGGUGAAGCUGUCUGAUUUUGGAUUUUGCGCUCAGGUCUCAAACGAGUUGCCGAAUCGAAAGUCACUGGUUGGAACCCCCUACUGGAUGGCGCCUGAAGUCAUUUCUCGUCUACCUUAUGGACCUGAAGUUGACAUAUGGUCUCUGGGUAUCAUGGUAAUAGAGAUGGUAGAUGGUGAACCACCCUUCUUCAAUGAGCCCCCUCUUCAAGCUAUGCGUAGGAUCAGGGACAUGCCUCCUCCGAAACUUAAAAAUACUCACAAGGUUUCUCCUCGACUGCAAGGUUUUCUGGAGAAAAUGCUGGUUCGUGAUCCAUCCCAGAGAGCAACAGCCUGCGAAUUGUUGCAACACCCUUUCUUGAUGCAAGCAGGCGCGCCUAGCCUCUUGGUGCCAUUAAUGAGGAGUUUCCGACAUAGUCCCUGCUAAUGAACUUAUUUUGCCUUCUUUUAAUAAACUUUAAAUUUUUUUUGUCUGUGUUUUUAAGAACUGCCUAAGUUAUUUUUUUUCUCAGUUAUCUGUUCAUAGCCAGUGAAAUAUGGAUUGUAAAAUAUCUCCCUUCUUUUGAAGUUUUUUUCUGCAUAAAUGUAAAUAUUUUUGAUAAUAAGUAAUAAUUUUUCUGCAUAAAUGUAAAUAUUUCUGUUGAUAUGUGUUAUACAAAUCGCCUUGGACUGUUUAGGCUUGUCCUGAAACUUGUAUUUUUUUUUGGUGGGCAUAAUUUAUUCUUUUAAAUAUUGGUAUUGUACUUCUCGCAAUGUAACAUUAAGUUCAAUUGUUGUUAUCAAUAAUGUAUUAUAUUUAAUUAAAUUACAGAUAAUAAGUUUUAUAUGUACUGAUACAAUUUUAAUAUCAAAGUGUAAUAUUUGUUAUUUUUUUCCAAAAAUGAAAAAAAUCUAGAUUAUAUUAAAUUUGUUUGUUACUACUUAUUAUCAAGGGUUGAUUGUAUUAAAUUUGUAAUAAUAAAGAAAAAGAAAGUAAGUAGCAAAGCAACAUUAAAAUGUUUAUUGACCAUUACCCCUGAAAAGUAAAAAUUCAAGUUUUUUUUUCAUUUCUCUUUUAUUAUGACUAAUAUUUAAUUUUUCUGUUUUAUACAUAAGGUUUUAUUCUUUAAAAAGUACUUUUGGCUUUUAACUAUUAAAGCUUUAGUGUCAUGAAUUCGCUGAUUUAAAUUAGCUGAUUUCUUUUAAAAAAAUAAUUGAUUUAAAAAAGUUUACUUUUUUUUUAUUUCAAUUUUUUAAAAUUUCAUAAUGAUUUUCAUAGUUUUAAAUGUAUUGUAAAUAGACAUCUGUGGUAAUCAAUUUCUUUUAGAAAAAUUAUAUUAAUUGGUGUGGACUAUACACAAAGUGCAGCCUAAUGCGUGAUUGAGUAUUGAUUUUUUUUUAUUAACAUUUGAAAAGAGACAGUUAAUUUUUUGCUAUUUUUGCAGGGAUAAAGACUUGUUUUUCAGUGGUCAAUAAUUAAACAUUUUUAGUGCUGUAACAUAGCUUAAAAUUGAUUUUUAACAGUGUUUCCAGUAUAAUUUAUCUUUACAAAAGUUAACUUAUUAAGAGAAAAUUCUUGUUAUAUUGUUCUUGUUCGUCUAUUAAAGAAAAGUUGUAUCUUAAAAAAAAAAAAAAAAAACUGAUUUAUAUAAAAUAUUUUGGAUUUAAAAAAAAUUCCAGUAUCUAACAUGAUUUUUGAAUGCGAAUUGUUAAGAAAAGAUUUAUCAUUCAUCAGGUAUCAAACACCUUCUAUAUAAUUAAAAAAGGGUUGCUAUUUAUGAAGGUUAUUCUUUUCAUAUUGAAAAAAAAAAAAUUAUUUUGUAAGAAUGAUUUAUGUGUAUUAAGCAGCUCAGUACAAGUAUACAUUUUUUCUUUCUUUUGUGUUUAUUAUAGCAUUUAGCUAGUACAUCAUUUUUUAAUUUUAUAGGUUUUUAAGUUUGUAUAUUUUUUAUCAACUGACAUUAAUCUACUGAAAAUUUAAUUUUUCUUUUUAAUUUACUACUAUUAGUUUAAGAAAUGUUAUUGCUUUAAGAGUUUUUAUUGUUGACAAAUAAUGUCUUUAAUUUUGAGUACUCUUAUACUAUGUGUAUUAUUUAAUGAAUAGUUUAUGUGUAUUGUAUCCUUUGUUUUUUAAAUAACCAGAAUGUUUAAUUUGUAUGUGGUGUGUCAGGGGGUAAAUUUACUCAUUAUUCUAACUAUUUUGCUUUGGUAUUUAAGUCUGUUUACAACCUUAACGGGUUUUUUUUUUAAUGCAGCUUGUAAAUACAUUUUGUUUUGUAUGUUUCUAACAGUUUGUACAAAUGAUGCACAUCUAUUUUUAUUUUUUUUCUUGUGUGUAUAUAGCAGUCACCAGUCACUAUUUUCUUAUAUCAUCAUUUUUCAUAUCUCUUCAUUAUGCAUUCCAUUUGAAAAAAAUACUCUGUGUAACGCUUAAAUAGUUUUUUUAAAAAAAAUUUCUAGCUUUUUUUUUGGUUUUAUGUCAUGCAUUUAUUUAACGCUUGAUCACUUUUAAUUGUUUGAUUUUAUUCUUAAUUCCUAGAAUUCAUUCUUUCAGAAUACCAAAUAUGAAUUUUCCUCAAAUAUUAUAGAAAUAAAGAUUAUGGAAAUAUAAGAUUAUUGAAAGUUUUUGGAAACUUAGAAAAAGUUAAAUUUCUCAGUUUUAAUAAAUGACCUUUAUUAAUUCAAUUUUUUUUUUUACCUUGCAUAGUUGUCAGUUUUACUGAUUUAGUUUAAAAUUAUUCUGCUGUUUAUGUAUUUUAAAAAAUUCCGUAAAAAUUUAGUUCUCUUAAAAAGUUACCAUCAAGGUAGAUUACUUGAUAAUUAAAAUACAUAAAAAUACGAAAUGAUAUAUUGUGAUUUUAGUUUUCUGCAAACUUUAAAUUUUUAUAUCCCUUUUGAAAUAUUAAUGUAUUGUUAUCAAGAAAAUGUUUAGCCUACAUGUUAUUAAAGAACAAGAAUCUUUUCCUACAUUUUAUAAAUAUAAUAAGCAUAAUGAAAAGAAAAAUUAUUCAACUCUAUUUAAUGUCUAACGCAAACAGAAAAUUUUGAAGCCGACUUAAGUUUUUUUAAAAAGUGUAUUUUUUUGUUCCAUGAUGAUCAGUUUUGAAUUUAGGUGCGACCCCUCAUUUCUUAGGAUAAUUUCGUAAUUUCUAUUCACAAACUUAUUUGUUUAUUGAAGCUUCUGCUUCUUUGAUUAACUCAGACUACCAAUCUUAUAUACAAAGAAAGAUAAUCCCAUGUAAAUAUUACACACACACGCAUAUAUAUAAUUAUUUAUUAAUUAGUGAUUCCGUUUAUACAUUGUGUUGAUAAAAAGUAAGCUAUCAUGCAUAAUUCUCCAGCCUAAUAAAAAGUAGCACAUCAGCAUUUAUGCAUGCAAAUAUCUAACCAAAAUUGAAUUAUAUAUUUAUUUUAAAAUCAUGUUUUGAAAUUCCUUGUUUUGUCCAUUAAUGGUAGUAAUAAUAAUGAAUAUGCAUGUUAAUAGAUGUAUAAGAUAUAGAGUUCAUAUUUUAAACGGAGACUGAAUUUUAAUAAAAGGGGACCAAGAAAUUCUGAAAUCCGGGGUCCUUAAGGACCUGUCGUUUCCACAGUCUAGCAGAAUCUCUGAUAUAUAUUUAAGUAUAUUGAUUUAUGUAAAAGCAUGCAGUGUUGUCAGAUUUCCACAUGAAAGUUCAUCUGGAACUGCAGAUUUUAUUGAGCAAGUAUUUAAUAUAAUAGACACAGCAGCAGAUAUGAUAUGUAUGAAAAAAUGUGGAAAAGCUUUUUUUCUCCAGAUGUUAUUCUGCUAUAGGGAAAAAAAUUUAUUUUAUUAAUUUUAGCAAAAAAUAUUUUUGAAUUCUCAGUAUAUAAAAUGUCAUUCAUUGAAUGAAAUAUAGUAUUUUUUUUGCUUGAAUAUAAAGGUAUCUAUAAAAAGGUAUUUUCUGCAUGUUUAUUAUGGUGGCGUCUUUUUAUAACUACUUGUAGAGAUUCUUUAAUUUAUUGUAAAGACUUUUAUUUGUUAUGAUUUCUAAGGGCAUCUAUGCUUCAAUUAUUUUUAUGUAUUAGUUUAGUGUAAUAAUCUAAUAUUUUUUUAUCUAUAAGUGUUAGAAUGGAAUUAUCCUGAACCAUAUCUCAUUUAAUUUCAUUGAAAAGACAUUUUAGAAUUAAUAAAUAGUAAAAAUUUAUUAAAAACCUAUACCCAUUUUAAUGUUACAUCUUUAUCAGUAAGAAAAGAGACAGGAAUGAUAAAAAGAUUAAAAUCCGCAAAAGGUUAUGUCAUGCUAAAAGAGAUAAAUAUACAGUUUAAAGAGCCGG